ACUGUCGCAUGACUUUCCGUCGGAGUUAGGCCAACUGACGGCCGUUGCUGCCGGUGCACAAGGAUAUUCUCUAACUGGCAAGCUAGCCUAAGGAAUCGGUUCGAUCCCCAGCAAGGAUCAUGGCAAUGUCAUCAACAGCAGCAGCUCUCUCGCCAGCUUUUCGCAGCCGUGAUGCAAUCUGGGGCGAGAAAGUUGUGAGACCAAUCUACACUCGACAGCUAGUAGCAGUAGUAUCAUCACCACCAAGGAAAGCUCAGGUGACUGUUCGCGCACAGGGAUUUAACUUCUGGGAAAUUCUCGGCGGUCGAGGCCUGGGCGAAGACCAGAUGACGUCCAUAAGCAACGAGAAGCCGAGGCCCCUCUUCCAAGACGCGGUUUUGAGCAGCGAGAAAACGGAUGCUCGAAACAAGAAAGAAGAAGAAGAAGAUGGUGAUUUUGAGAAGGAACUUGGUGGUCUAACAGGCGGCUUCCCUGGCGGCGAGACCGGGCUCAUAGAUUUCCUGCUCAAGAAUCCUCCACCGACAAAGCCACUGGUACUCUCCGAAGAGAUUGAAAAGAUUCGCAAGGAGAUUCCGGGGCCGGGAAUCAAGCCGAGGCCAGCGCCGCCACCGCUGCUCAUGCCGGGAAUGACUGUCAUCGUGAAGAAUCCCAAGAACCCAUACUACAUGUACACGGGGAUUCUCCAGAGGGUGACGGACGGCCGAGCUGGGAUUUUGCUCGAGGGUGGCUGCUGGGAUAAAAUGCUCGCGAUCGAGCUCAAGGACUUGGAGCGCUCCAAGCCACCACCAAUGACCAAUCCCAAGUCGGCCAUUCUUCUCGAGGACGAGGAAAAGUGAGCUGUCCAUGUCAUAGCUGACGUGCUGACGUGUUCGGGGGAAAGAUGACUUGGCCACGUCAAAGCGUACUGAUGUGGCCUGAGUUGAGUCGUGAGGCAGUGAGAAACGCUGUUCCACACGCCUCUUUGUUUGGUGGGUAUUCCACUGAGAAUCUGGACCAAAGAAAACAUUGAGGUCAUUUUCACUAU